AUGGCGUCCAAAAUGAAGAACAACAUUCGUUACCAACCGCGAAAAUCAUCAUCAAGAUCGACUCAAGCCUUCACAGUGCUCAUCCUUCUACUCGUAGUAAUUCUGAUUCUUCUCGGUCUCGGGAUUUUGUCGCUUCCCAAUGCGACGAGAAACUCUUCAAAGCCCAACGAUUUGACCAACAUUGUACGCAAGAGCCAGGAGGAGAGUAAUGGUGGAGAUGAGGAAGGGAACGGGGAGCGUUGGGUUGAAGUGAUUUCAUGGGAGCCUAGAGCUGUUGUUUACCACAAUUUCUUGACCAAUGAAGAAUGUGAACACUUGAUCAGCCUUGCUAAACCAAACAUGGUUAAGUCAACUGUGGUUGAUGAGAAAACCGGUGGGAGCAAAGACAGCAGAGUAAGGACGAGCUCUGGAACUUUCCUUAGGAGGGGACAUGACGAAGUUGUUGAGACUAUUGAGAAAAGGAUUUCAGAUUUCACUUUCAUUCCUGUUGAAAAUGGAGAAGGUCUUCAAGUUCUUCACUACCAAGUUGGGCAGAAGUAUGAGCCUCACUAUGAUUAUUUCUUAGAUGAAUUCAACACCAAGAACGGAGGACAACGUAUAGCUACUGUACUUAUGUACCUCUCGGAUGUUGAUGAUGGUGGCGAGACCGUCUUCCCUGCUGCAAAAGGAAACAUUAGUGCAGUCCCAUGGUGGGACCAGCUCUCGAAAUGUGGCAAAGAAGGACUCUCUGUUCUACCAAAGAAGCGAGAUGCUUUACUUUUCUGGAGCAUGAGACCUGAUGCUUCUCUAGACCCUUCCAGUUUGCACGGUGGAUGUCCAGUGGUCAAAGGAAACAAAUGGUCAUCAACCAAAUGGUUCCACGUCUACGAGUUCAAGGUCUAA